UCUAUUGAUACCACGAAUCAUAUAAAUAAUUAGUUUUUUCAUUGUAGGAAGCAGGAGAACUGCAACACAGAUUAUAUGGUGGACGGUGCAAUCCUUAUUUCAUUAUAAGUCUUUAUGACCAGAAAGGAUUCAACAAAAAGAAAAGACGCAAAUCUGGUCCAAUACCUCUUCAUCAAUUUUACUCGACGGUGGUAAAAAAAAGCCAGCAUCCAGUUUUCAAUGAAUCGUUUUUCUUCCCGAUGGAAAACAAUGGUUUGAAGAAAUGUACUUUGAAACUGGAAGCAUGGGAUCAAGAUAAAUUGGCAAAUGAUACAAUUCUUGGGGAAGUUAGUUUUAAUUUGAAAGAUAUCGCUUCCUAUCUUUCACAAGAGCCAUCCAAAGAAAUGGAUCUCAAUCUUAAACUUCAAGAGUCAAAAGUUACUUACGGACAAUUGCUUUUAGGACUCUGUUAUCUUCCUACAGCUGAAAGAAUGACAGUUGCAGUUCUCAAAGCAAAUAAUUUAAAACAACAAACAGAAAAAUGUGAAGGUGCAGCAUUUUAUGUUCAAGUGAUGGCAAUUUAUGGUGGAAAAAUUUUUGAAAGAAGAAAAACCUCAAGUCGAUCCUCAUCUCAAUUUCCGGUUUUCAAUGAGAUGCUCAUGUUUGAUGUACCCUUUACAAAGCUAGAUCACAUAGUUUUAUUGGUUGCAGUUUAUAACACGAUUCCUGCAACUUCUUUGGAUGAACCAGUUGACACACAGAGGCAAAAAAAUAAAGAUGUAUGCAUAGGAAAAGUUGUGAUAGGUUCCUCAGGCAAGAAGAACAUACUGAAUCACUGGAAUGCAAUGAGAAAUUCUCCAAGAAGGCAAGUAAUACAGUGGCAUGAACUAAGAUAGAUUGCUUGUGCAACAUUAUAUAAAAAGACGAUAUGCUAGUAAUUUUCUUACGAAGAAAUACAAAGUAUUUGUAAUACAUAUACUUGGUGGAAUAUUAUACCAUUUAAUCACUGUCAUAAAAAAUGGAAUAAGUUCAAUUUGGAUAAAGAAAAAAAUUAUAAUUGAAAUAGCAUAUAUUUUGAGAAGAUCAUAUUGUUGUGGUAUUAAUAAAAUGUGUUUGUGUGUGUUGUGAA